AUGGCGGACGCGGUGCGCUUGGCGCUCGAGCGCGUGCUGCAUGCGCCGCUUGCAGACGCCGAACACGAUACACAGGAGCUGCUCCUUGCGCGCGAGGCCGCGCUCCUCGACAUCCUCGCGCACGGCGAGGCAAUCCGCCAGGAAAAAAAGACACCGGUCGAAGACGCACGCGCCGAGCGGCUGCGGCUGUGGGCCGAGCGCGGCGACUUUUCGCAAGUGCGCGCCUCGGAUCUGGGCGAAGACAAGGAGGACGAGGCGGAUGCUUUAAGCAAGCUGCGUGCGCUGCGUGCGCCGCCGCCAGAGGCACCGCCGGCGCCGCCGCCGAAAGCAGGCACGAUCGGCGAGGGCGAGUUCUUUCCGCUGCGCGACAGUCUCUUGCAGCAGCUCGAGUCGGCGCUCUUUAACGCGGAGCAGGCACAGAACCUGCUUGGCAUGCUCAUCCACAACGCACGCGCCCAGGCCGCGCCCAAUGCCGAGCAAGGUACGGUCCUCGCGGCGCAGCCCGAGUACUUUUUGGAGCCGGCGGCGAUGUCGCUCAGUGCGCUGCAGCUGCACAACGAAGAGGCGGAUAUAGAAGGGCGUACGGCGCCUGUGUCUGAGCGCAAACUCGUCCUGGAAGAAAAGCAGCAGUCGCUGCGGCGUGCUGCGUCGCUCCUCGCCAAAGGCGCUGCCGAGCUCCGCGAGAGUCACGCCGCGGAGCGUGCGCGCUGGUCAGCGCUCUCCGACAUUCAAAAGAAGGGAUGGAAGCUCACGCCUGGGCGCCCGCUGGUCGACAUUGAGCGCUUCGAUGUCGGCCAGCGCAAGAAUGUCCUCGCCGGAUUCGGCACGCCGCUGUUGCAGGGCUCGGGAGCGCUGAGCGAAGAGGGCGCACGCGACGCGUGGAUCGGAUACGGCCCUGCAGAGGCGCCAGUGCCGCUGCUCCAGCGCACGCUUGCGUACUGGGCCGAUGCGGGUGAAGACGAGAAAGCGAAGCUUGCGUUCCCCGACCGUGCCUGGCGCCAGCUGCGCGUCUCGUUCUGCGAUGAAGGCGGCGCGACGUGGGUGAGCGCCGGGCAGAACCUGUCCGCCAAUGCGUCGCUCGACGCGCAGCUGUGCGACGCGCAGCUCGAUGCGGUGGAUACGCAGCUCUUUGACGAGAUUGCUGCGCACUCCGGCACGCUUUCGCCUGUCCUUGCGCGCACAGUGAACGAAGAGUGCAUCACGCUGCCGCUAUCGAGCACGCUCUCGGUACAGAUUGCGCUUGUGCCACACGACGAUCAGGUCGUCGCAUCCGAUUCCGUGCACAUUUCCCCCCUGGCGUCGCUCUUGCUCGCAGUGCUGCGUCUGCGCAUGCUGCGCAGCUGGUCGCAGCGUGUCGAUGCGCUCCGCAGCGCAAAGGUCACGCAAAAGAGCGCACCACCCCGUGCAGACCUCGUGGCACCGCUCUGGGAGCUGUACCAAUAUACCCUCUACCUCGCUCGGCUCCGCGCAGUGCUCGACCGCGUCGUGCACGCUGAGCGUGGCGCACACUACGUGUGGCGACCCUACGAGAUGCUUGCCGAUGCACGCCAGUGGCUUGCGUCGCUGCUCGACCUGUCGCCGCGCCUCGAGUCCGAUCCGCCGUGCGGCGGAUCGGUGCACGUGUAUUCCGAGUCUACCCUUGUCGCCCAGCUGAUCCUGCGUGCACCCAGCCACCUUGUGGCCUUCUUCCCACAGCACACGACCGCGUUUGCGACCGGUGUGCGCCUUCCGCUAGAGCUCGAUCAGCUCGAGGCACGCCUCGGCGCGGAGCUUGGUUCAUAG